UAUUGCUCAUUCCCACUUUAUUCCCGAGAAAAUCUCCAAAUUUCCUAUCCUCCGUGAUAUUUCGUGAGAGAGUUUCCGAUAGUAGAGAUGGCGGGUCGGGGCAAAACUCUGGGAUCUGGUGCGUCGAAGAAGGCUACGUCUCGUAGCAGCAAGGCUGGGCUUCAAUUUCCUGUCGGUCGUAUCGCUCGGUUCCUGAAGGCUGGGAAGUACGCCGAGCGUGUCGGAGCAGGAGCUCCGGUAUAUCUAGCCGCCGUCCUCGAGUAUCUGGCCGCCGAGGUUCUCGAGCUCGCCGGAAAUGCAGCAAGAGACAACAAAAAGACCCGUAUUGUGCCUCGACACAUUCAGCUUGCGGUGAGGAAUGACGAGGAACUGAGCAAGCUUCUGGGCGAUGUCACCAUUGCCAAUGGAGGAGUAAUGCCCAACAUCCACAAUCUCCUCCUCCCCAAGAAGGCUGGAUCUUCAAAGCCUGCUGAUGAAGACUAAACUUGGAACCAAAAUCAUGGACAGGAAGUCCCUGUCUGUGCCACAUGUUUGGCUACAAAGCCUGGUACCCACGAUAUUAGCUGUAGAACAUUUAGCUUUUGGUUUUUCAUUGAUUAGGGUUGUGUUCUUCCCACUUUCAUUUUCCAGUUUGUUUUUUCUUCCUUGCCUUGUGUUCUUAGUAUUUGUAAACUUCUCACAGUUUGUGUGAAUAUAUGAAGUAUCUUUUACAAGUUAUGAAAGGAACAAUUUUUUC